AUGUCUGAGUUUAUGUCUACUUUACUCUUCGGAGAUAAUCAAGAGUUUGAAAGUUUUCUGGCUGAAGAACUCCAAGGUUUUAUGGCGAGGCUCAGGCAGAUAGAGAGCGGCCAUGAGUCAUCAUCCCCCGCUUCACGCAUCCCUUUACUGUUUUUGAUGGGCGACGACGAUAAGGCUUUGAGCAUGGCAGAGUUAGCGAGGGGUCAUGAAGAUGCUCCAAAGGUGCAAGCUCGGGGCGCGACCAAAGAAUGCACAGACAAUCUGGAGAAGGUGACGAUGGAAAGAUCGGGAACGGUGUGUGGAGUUUGCUUGGAUGAAUUGUCCAUAGGGUCAGAAGCUAGGCGGUUACCAUGGUCGCAUGUGUACCAUUCCAACUGCAUCGUGGAGUGGCUGAAGAAGAAUAAGACAUGCCCAGUUUGCCAGGCUUCUUGA